CUCCACGUGAUUGGCUGCAUGAGUCUCUCCGGUGUCAGUGCCCAAACGAAGGUGAAGUGGACUACGUGUCUCAUCGGGUUAUAAAAUGUCACCCAGUGGACUUUUAACCAUACGUGCCGGAACAUGCAAGCGCCUGGUAAGCAUGGGUGUGUUCAGCAAUACAAUUCACAAAUACCUGUCAAGAACCUACACGUCUCGUCCAUCUCUCAAUGAAGUGGUCAUUGUCAGCUCAGUCCGCACUCCAAUGGGCUCCUUCAAGGGCAGCCUGGCAGCGGUCCCAGCUACAAAACUGGGCUCUGUUGCCAUAAAGGGAGCUAUAGAUCAAGCGGGAAUAAAGCCUGAAGAUGUGAAUGAGGUCUACAUGGGCAAUGUGCUCCAAGCAGGAGAAGGACAGGCUCCCACCAGACAAGCUUUGCUUGGAGCAGGUCUGACACUUGGCACUCCAGCAACAACCAUCAACAAAGUUUGUGCCUCUGGGAUGAAGUCAAUCAUGAUGGCAGCCCAGAGUCUAAUGUGUGGACACCAGGAUGUGAUGGUGGCAGGAGGGAUGGAGAGCAUGUCCAAUGUGCCUUACGUGAUGCCUCGAGAAACGCCAUCCUACGGUGGCGUUAGAAUGGAAGACCUCAUUGUGAAGGACGGACUGACUGAUGUAUACAAUAAAUUCCACAUGGGCAACUGUGCAGAGAACACCGCAAAGAAAAGCAGCAUCACCAGGGAGGAGCAAGACAGCUAUGCCAUCAGCUCAUACACGCGCAGCAAAGUUGCAUACGAGUCGGGGGUGUUGGCCAAAGAGAUUGUUCCAGUUAGCAUCCCACAGAAAGGCAAACCUGACGUGGUCGUGUCUGAGGAUGAGGAGUGGAGGCGGGUGGACUUUAGUAAAGUUCCCAAACUUAAGGCAGUGUUUCAGAAAGAGAAUGGCACAGUGACUGCCGCCAAUGCCAGCACUCUGAACGAUGGAGCUGCUGCCCUCGUAUUAAUGACAGCAGACGCUGCAAAAAGACAUAAUGUCACUCCACUGGCCAGGAUUGUAUCGUUUGCUGAUGCAGCUGUUGCACCCAUUGAUUUCCCCAUUGCUCCUGCAUACGCUGUACCAAAAGUGUUGGAUGCAGCCGGGCUGACCAAAAAUGAUAUCGCCAUGUGGGAGAUCAAUGAGGCCUUCAGUGUGGUCGUUCUGGCCAACAUCAAAAUGCUGGACAUAGAUCCUGCGAAAGUGAAUGUCAACGGGGGAGCUGUGUCACUCGGACACCCCAUUGGGAUGUCUGGAGCCAGAAUUGUGGGUCAUAUGGUGCACAACCUCAAGUCUGGCCAGUACGGUCUGGCAGGUAUCUGCAAUGGAGGGGGUGGAGCCUCUUCUAUUAUUAUCCAGAAGUUCUAGAAAAUGGAAAGGGGACGCUUACAGCCCCUUCAAUACUCUCUUUGAAAUAUGUGGGUGAGGGAUUGUAGCGUCCAAAUCGUUUGCAAAGCUCCCUUUUUAUUAUGAAGAAUGCUGUUUUUUUUUAUCAGGCUCCAAUGCAGGUGGCCUAUUUACACAACACAUAAAGACUUAACUCCGAUGACAUCAUAAGUCCAAUGUUACACUCCUUUGUUAAACAAUUAGGUGGGAAAAUAAGUUAAUAUUUAACUCUGAACUGAAAUGGUUGAAUAAAUAGUUUUUAU